AUGUCUCUAUCCGAACCCCAACUAAACACGUAUUACAUUCCCGUCUUCUUACGACGCUGCGAUGCAUACAGAGAAUACAUUAUCAAGGCUGGGAAACGGGAGCUCAAACUUCCACCUUAUACGACUAACCAUGCUGGUCAAGUCACCGUUUAUCAUGGUGAACUCUUUUGCCGCCUACCGAACUGUUACCACAACCAUGUACCUAUCUCUACCACCCGCAAGCUUCGUCAACACCUCAUAAGACAUGGCAUUCAAGUUGCGACAAAACCACCGGGUCGAUUGUCAACGGGCCAGGAAGAUGCCACGAUUCAGUGGUACAAAUCUCUUCUAGAGGUCGAAAAUGACAAUGACGAUAAUAUUAUUGACGAGGGAAAGGUGACUGAUGACAAGGAGAGCGAAGGAAACACCGUGGCACAUUAA